AUGCCAUUGCACUCCAAAUUUUAUGAGAUUGGUCAGAAAAAGUUGUACAAAAAUAUACAUCUUAAUUCAAAAUAUCAUAUAAUGAUACCUCCUUCUUCUGAUUUAGAUGGAUCAGAAUACAAGGGGAAGGGCAAUCGGUGGAGGGCUCAUAAAAACAUUUUGAAUGACUUUACCAAAAAGUAUACUAUAAUUUCAUUAUGCAGUUUUUAUACCAAUAUGAUUGAGAAAAAAAUGAAUAGAUAUCAACAUAUUCAUCAUCUUAGUAUAGAGGACAUUGACCAUUCAAACUAUGCCCGACAUUUAAACUUUUGGGACAGAAAAGGAGUACCAGAGAUUUUUAGGAAAACAUUCGAAUAUUUUGAGAAUAUACAUUAUGUUAGUUUUGCAAUAUCAAACAACCAAUUUGAAAAAAUUAAUAAAGAUAAUUUUCAUGAUGUAAUAAACGGUAUCGAUUUUAAUAUAUCUAUUCUUCCUGAAUUUUAUGAUUAUGUGUUGUUCUUGGAAAAAGAUGAUCAUGGGUCAUUCGAUUUUUUAUAUAAUAAUCUUAAGAGCUUAAAAUUUGAAUUUCGUCCAAUUCACAAUUUCGUAAAAAAGUAUAGCUGUGAAAAAGAUUUAUUUAAAAGUAUUAAAUUGUUCAAUAAAAUCAAUUUAUUCAAAAACCUUGAAGAAUUACAUCUUGGAUUCGAAGUUCUUAUUGAUUUAACGGACCCAGUAUUAAUUGAAAAAUUGAAUAAAAUUAAUUGUAAGUUAAAAAAGCUUGAUUUGUUAUUUUGGGGUAAAAUCAAAUUUGUUGAAGAUAUAUAUUUGGAAAAGCAAACCUCAAGCAUUAAACCAAAACCUAAAAAAUGGUUAUUUACUUUGGAUAAUUUUUUUGAUACAAAAGAAAUCACAUCAUUAGCAUUAAACAUUUUUAAUAAGAUGUUUGAUAAGGAAUAUUUUAUCUAUGAAAAAUUUGAGUUUAAAGAGAUAUUAAUCAAUGCCAAUUUAUCAAAAUUGAGAAAUUUAGUUCUAUCUUCACAAUUUUUAGAUUUGAAAUCCAUUGAUGUAUCAAAAUUACAUAAAUUAAUAAUAUGUACUGAUGUUGCUAACGAUAACUUUGUUAAUGAAAUUGCCAAACUUUAUUUCAAGAAUCCAACUUUGAGAUUAUCUUGGUGGCCACGAUUUAUGAAUCUGCAUGCCUUCAAUAUAUUUGCAAAAACUGAUAAUAUACAAUUAUCCACACCUGACUAUUUUCAAAUAAUAUCCUGUCAAUGGCCCUCAUACUUUUUUAGAAGUAACAUUAUCUCAAUUGAAAACGAGGAAUAUACAUCUCAAAAUCAAAGUUUAAUAGACGAUAAACAAAAUUCGAAAAGCUUAGAUAUACUUUUAAAAAACAAUUAUUCGAUUCAAGAACUUGUUGGCAUGGACCUUUUUGUUAUAACAUGCAUUGACGAAUCUGUUUUGAAAGUUUUAAAAAGAUACGAGCCAACUUGGUAA